ACGGAUAAACCCCGAGAGCAGAGCGCGAGCACGAGAGAGAGGGAGUGUGCGGGCUUAAUUCCACAAAUUAUCGAAAAUGCAAAUAAUUACUUUAUUCCAAUUUGUUUCUGCUGCAUUAUUGGCAUUGGCUGCCAAUGCAGAGGUGUACUUUAAAGAGCAGUUUCUGGACGGGGAUGCCUGGAAGAGUCGAUGGGUGAACUCCGAGCACAAGUCUGACUACGGGCAGUUUAAACUGACCGCUGGAAACUUCUACGGAGAUGCUGAGAAAGACCAGGGGCUGCAGACCAGUCAGGAUGCCCGUUUCUACGCCACCUCGGCCCGCUUCGAUCCCUUCAGCAAUGAGGGCAAAACUCUGGUGAUCCAGUUUACCGUAAAACACGAGCAGAAGAUCGACUGCGGAGGCGGGUACGUCAAAGUCUUCCCAUCCGAUCUCAACCAGGCUGACCUGCACGGAGACUCCCAGUAUUACGUCAUGUUCGGGCCUGAUAUCUGCGGCUACAGCACCAAGAAGGUUCACGUCAUCUUCAACUACAAAGGCAAGAACCACCUCAUCAAGAAAGAGAUCAAAUGCAAGGAUGAUGAAUUGACUCACUUGUACACAUUGAUCCUGAAUCCGGAUCAGACGUACGUGGUGAAGAUCGACAACGAGAAGGUGGAGUCCGGCUCUCUGGAGGAGGACUGGGACUUUCUUCCCGCAAAGACGAUCAAGGACCCUGAAGCCAAGAAACCCGAGGACUGGGACGACCGUCCUAAGAUCGACGACGAGACCGACACCAAACCUGAGGACUGGGAUAAGCCUGAGAAUAUUCCUGAUCCUGAUGCCAAGAAGCCAGAGGACUGGGAUGAGGAUAUGGAUGGAGAGUGGGAACCUGCCGUGAUACCAAACCCAGAGUACAAGGGGGAGUGGAAACCCAAACAGAUCGACAACCCGAACUACAAGGGCGUCUGGGUUCAUCCUGAGAUCGACAACCCCGAAUACACUCCUGACUCCCAAAUCUACAAGUUCGACAGCAUCGGAGUCCUUGGUCUGGAUCUCUGGCAGGUGAAGUCUGGCACUAUUUUUGACAACUUCCUCAUCUGCGAUGAUGUGAAGGAAGCAGAGGAUUUCGGAAAUGAAACAUGGGGUGCCACAAAGGAUCCAGAGAAGAAAAUGAAGGAGGAACAGGAUGAGAAGAAACGCAAAGAGGAGGAGGAGAAGAACAAAGAGCAGAGCACAGAAGCAGAUGAGGGUGAGGAUGAUGAAGGAGAGGAGGAGGAAGAGGAGGACGAGCCUCCAGUGGAGGAAGGAGAUGAUGAUGAUGAUGAUGAUGCGCUUCCUAAAGAUGAACUGUAAAGCAGGAAGCGUUUAUCGUCCACAUUCCGCGGUUGCCAGGGAAACGACUGCAGUGCAUUCAUUCUAAACAUGACACUCUUAGAGACGGAACUUAUGAUGUCAUGCGUGAUGUCAUACAGGGUCAAAAGGGCGUCUGGGAGUUCUCAGCCCAUACAUUAAAUUUGCAACCAUUAAUGAGCCAAUUAAACCUGUUUUAUUUUUUUGUUGUUGGUUUUUUUACGAAUUGUCUUUUCCUCUAUGGUACCAGGAGUCUGAUAUGUGCAACAUCUUCGAGUACUGAUCUAAGAUCAGUUUAUUGUGCCUUUCAUGUUUGCAAAAUCGAUGGCCAAUAUUAGUUAACGUUGUUGGUGGCAGUUCAAUUCAGUUGGUUUGAAGGGAUUGGAGGGAAUUCAUGAAGUUUACAUGAAUAACAGUUUAAGUAAACGAUGUUACACAGUUGUUUCUCCACAUUGCAAAAAUGUGAUGAGCGCAAAGUGCAAUGCAGCGGAAUAGAAGAGAAUGUUGAUUUUUUUUUUUACCUAUUGUUAUCAAUAAGAGAUUAAUCGGAUCACAGGCUGGGUUCCAAUGGACCUCGUUUCUGAAACAUGAGCAGAACAAAAUCGUUUUUGUGUAAAUUGUUGCAAAGUGAGUUAUGAACGAUUUACAUAAAUUACUUUUGCUUGCGUUUCAUAAAUAAGGACCAAUGAAUGUUUGUACUGUAGUGCAAAUGAAAUUCACAAUGGCAUAAUGUUCCUUUGGCACUGAUUUUUUUUUUUCUGUUAUUAUGUGCUGUGGUUGUUAUUAAUCUCCUAAACAAGAUAUUCAGUUUAUUUUCCAGCUCUAUUUAUUACAACAGAAAUGUCUUGCAGUUUGAGCUCGUUUUACCUUACAGAAAUCCAGCGGCGGUAACAUUUGUGAUGUCCAGCUUGUAGCUGAUGUAAAUCUCUCUUUUCUUUUUUUUUUUUAAUAAAAUCUUUUGUUACUUGAACAAAAAUGAGCUUCAAUAAGGGAUGUGGUAAUAUUUGCAGCAAGACCACGUUAAAAUAAACUAGUUGUCUACACACUGUGAUGUUCAAAUUGGAUUAGUACUGAAAAUCCUGUUUAGUGACGUUAAGCCAGCUUUUUACAUGUUGAGAGUUGUAAUUAAUGCCAAAGUUUUAAUAAAUAACUUUAUUGUA